GUCGUCGUCGUCGUGCCAGCCAGCCGCCCGACAAUCGUCUCGUGAAUUCGGGCAAGUGCACACGCGCGUUUCGCACUCUCUCUCUCUCUCUCUCCGUCUGUCUCUCCGUCUAGCGCGGCGGUCCGUCGCUCCCUCCCCCCCGAAAUUCCGUCAAAAAUUCGCGAUCGUCGAUUAUCCGUGAUAUUAUUUCCACGUCGGGGCCCAGCAAGCGCGGACGUCGAAUUCGCGACCGCCAGUCCCGCGUCAUUCGGGUACACCGCACCGUCGUCGUCGUCGCCGGAUAAUAUUUUUAUACCCACCCGUCGACGCCGUUGUACGCACCUGCAGCAGCAUCAGCAGCUACCCGCCGCGGAGGACAACAAUAUUCCAAUACGUUCGCACCCGCUGCUCUACCUGCCGACCGACUACCCCCUCGCACAGGAUGACACCCACAAUACAAUGCUUCGACGACCAAUCAAUGCAAAUGCCACCUGCUUCGGUUCUAUGCAAUAAUAUGUUUUUUCAAGAAAACCACCACCAGCUGACGUCUGCCUCCGAUAAAACGAACUCGAGGCCUGAUGUUCGAACUAACCAUCAAUGGAACCCUUAUCUAAGGAAUCGCCAUUCAACGUUUAGCAGUAAAAGAAAUACCUCCUACACUUCAGCAUUAAAGCCGGACGACGUGAAGGGACUACUGCAGCGACGGGACAACGAUCAGCAAUCACCGUCUGCGGCGGUUACCGAAGAGCACUUGAACGCGAUACGCAAGAGACAAGCCCUGUUGCUGGUCACCAUCCAGACGAUGACACUGUUCCACCACAACCGAAUAUUGGAGCACAAGCUGUCGGCGUUGCACAGGAAGGUAGUGCAGGUCCAGAACAGGCAGAGGCAGAGGAACAUUAAAUCCGCCGCCGCCGAGGAAUAAUUCAUAUAACCAAUUGUUGCUGCUGUAGUUGUCAUCGUCGUACGGCGUGGAGGAAGAGGACGAAAAGGACGUCAACGGCAACGACACGACUUCCGGCUAAAUUUUAGUCUAAAUUUCGGUAUAACGGACAACACACUCACACACACACAUACCACUCGCACGUAAAAUAAGGAAUUAUUGUAUGUAUAUAGAUCGAUUAUAUAUUAUAAUUUAAUUAUAUUCAAAUAA